CGGGAGCUGGAAGCUGGAAGGUUAUGUUGUAAAUAUGGCGCUCGCCCUCUCCUGAGAUCAGAAACUCAGUAUCGACGACGCGAAUGAACGGCGUUCACCGCCAGCGGAUUAUCGUCGGCGGAUUCGAAAUGCCGUCCAGAUUGCUGUCAAUGUCGCGCACGCGAUUCGGUUAACAAUAGAAAAAGAGAGUGAGAGACGGCACGUGUGGAGAGAAAUCUGUGACCUAAAGCGCGACGCGAUGAGAUCCGUGUACAAGUUGUUCCUGCUGUGCCUUAUUCUGGCCGCGCUGAUAAUACUGCUCAAUGUAACGACAAAUUUCUCCAACAAGUACGAUCAGACGCCCGCGAGCAGAGAGCGACUGACGCUGCAGCAGAAGAAAUCGCUGGCGUCAUCGUCGACGAGCGAAGUGACGAUAUGCGUGGUGGUGUGUGGGGACAGGCUGCACGAAGCCCUGACCAUGCUCAAGUCGGCGUUAGUCUUCGCCAACAGGCCACUGCAAUUCGUGAUACUCGCGGAGAAUAAUCUGAUACCAGCCUUCAGUGAGAAGCUAUCGGAAUGGAGGCUCAUAUCGAAUAAGACAUUCGACUUCCUGGUGCGGCCCAUCACCUUCCCGGAUGGUAGCGAUGUGGCGAUGUGGAAGAAGCUGUUUAAGCCCUGCGCGGCUCAACGAUUGUUUUUACCGACUGUGUUGAAUGACACGGAUGCGGUGCUCUAUGUAGACACGGACACCCUGUUUUUGGCACCACCUGACAAGAUCUGGGAUGAGUUCAAAAAAAUGAACUCUAGCCAAUUGGCAGCCCUCAGCCCCGAACACGAAGAUCCCAACACUGGCUGGUAUAAUAGAUUCGCCAAGCAUCCAUACUAUGGCAAGUUGGGUGUCAAUUCUGGAGUGAUGCUGAUGAAUCUGACGAGAAUGCGGGAGUUUCGAUGGAUUAAUUAUGUGAUUCCUACACACAAGCAAUAUAGAUUGAAGAUCACAUGGGGCGACCAAGAUAUCAUCAACAUAAUAUUUCAUUAUCAUCCGGAGAAGCUGUAUGUGUACUCGUGCCGGUACAACUAUAGGCCUGAUCACUGUAUGUAUACAUCGGUCUGCCAAGAGGCGGAGAGGAACGGCGCCCUGGUACUGCACGGUUCCCGUGGCACUUUCCACUCGCAGAAGCAACCGCCUUUCAGGGCCGUGUACAAGGCCAUGCAAGAGUAUCAGCUGAAUGCGGAUCCGUAUGACGAGUUGCUCGUACCGAUGAGAAAUUAUCUAGCGAUGGAGGAUAAGUCCAGCUGCGGUCGAGUCUCGAAGGUGUUCAUCAUCCAACCGGAAUUGCAUUUAGCUGCCCAUAAUUUUUGAAACUUUUAUUCAAUUUUUAUACGUGUUCGCGCGAGAUACAUUUUGACUUUGUAUCUUUUGAAAUUUUUAUAGAUGCGUUUGCCUUGAUGAUAUGAAUAUUAUAUACAGAUAUAUACAUAUAUAUCAAAGCGAUGAUUUGAAGAGUAAUCGUACAUAUCUGCAUAGCCACUUUUGGCUAUGUAAUGUAAUAUUGUCCGCGCAUUUUUCUUCCGAAAUAUUCUCUUUCGUGAGAUCGUAAAAUACUUAACUAUAUGUAAAUACACUUAUCUAUACAUUCAUACUUAAGCAUUUUAAUACACGUUGCGAUAUAUUUAAUUACUCGAAAGGUACAGAUUUUUAAACGAAGAGUCAUUAUGCUAAUAUAUAAGCAUCCUACUUCGUUAUUACAUAAGAAUAAGUAGCGUGUGUAAAUUAUGUCAAUUAACGUAUCCGGUCAUCAAUAUAUGUUCUGCCGCGGAACUACGUUGAUUUACGGACAAUAUGUUUGUAAUGUGUUUAUUAAGUCAGGGAAGGAUGCGCGAUUCGUUUGCAAAUUAAAGGAUGUAAUUCGCGCGUUAAUUCCAGACGAUUCUCCACAUAUUAUAGACUCUAGACUGAACUUUUUCUAUAUAUAGUGCAUUUGAGUUUUUUUUUGUUAACAAGUGCGCUAUGUUGUUACUGUUUGUAGGGACGACGGUGCGGCGAAUAUAUUGUUAUACAUUUUUAUCUGAUAUUUUUUGCGACAAUACUUGAUAGGGGAAAACGAUGAUCAGGGCCUAUCUUUGAAUUAUUUGGUCUUUAAAAGAAAUAUUGUUUCUUAUGAAAUUAUUGCUAAGUGUUGCUAAUAUAUAUUUGACAUGCUACUGCAUCUCUUGAUAUUUUUCUCUCUCUCUUUCUUAAAGCUCUUAAGAUAUUAUUUUAAUAAUAAAAAAAUGAUAUUUUUCUUUAUGAAAAUUGAUAAAAAAAUAUUAAAUUUGUUAACAAUAUUGAUUUAUUGAUUGUUCAUCCUUAUUAUAUAUAUAUAAGUAGUUUCAGUAAGAGAUAAGCUUUGAUCGAUGCGGACUUAUGUGGAGAUUAUGAAAAUGACAUAUGUCCGAUUUCGAAAAUAUCGUUAAAGUCGAAAUACAUCCGUUUCUAUAUCUUUGCGAAAUUUUUACAUCAUUUCCAAAAUAAGCAUCUCACAUUUUGACGCAACGAUAAUUGAUUACAGAUCUGAGAGUUAUACAAUUUUUAUAUAAUAUGAAUUACAUUUCGAUGUGCGAAAGUGUUCACAUUUUUAUACACAUUUUUUCGCGAUUUUGUACGAUUUUGAUACGUAUUUUGUAUCGAUUGAUUAUUCAACGAUUUGAUGUUAUUUGUGAUAUUUUCCUUAUAUAAAAAAAAAGAAUAUUGUAUAAUAUAAAGCUUAAAUAAAAAUCUGUCUAUAUAAUACACAUACAAAAAUGUGAACAUGUAUUUAAUAUGCCAAUCUUAACGUUGGCGAGAAAUAUCUUAAUAUAUAUAAUAUGUCGCAUAAUAUAUAUAUAGCGUUGUAUCAUCUAUUAUUUCUAUUUCAGAUUUUUAUUUAUUAUGAAAAAGAGAUAUGAUAUUAAAUGAGAAAGAAAACGGUAGGG